AUCACGUAUAUGCGAAAAAAGGAACCCCCAUGUUUACAAUAACAACACUGUGAUCGGUAUUAAUAAGUAAUAUUCAUAUUUUUGAUCGAGAAAAAAGAAAACGCGAAAAUGAAUGAGAAUUUGCUGAGACGGAUAAAAAACCAGCUGAAUGCAAAGUUUUAUAUAAUGAACGAUGCGUGGCUGCAAGAUUGCGUCAAAUAUUUUGUCAGAGAUAAAACUCCUCGUGAAAUGACAGACAAGCACAUUUUGGAAUUUGUCGAGGGCCAAUGGCAACUAAGUGAUUUACGGGAAAUUAACAAUGAGAAAGGUUGUUUGCCAAGGAACUUGAUACAACAGGUGCAUACUGUACUGACUGGUACCUAUAUACUUCAGGUGAACAAAAUGUAUGAUAUUGCAAAUUCUAAGUAUAAGCAACUUUGUGAAAUUCGUAAAAUCAAUAGCGAGAAUUUGGUAGUAGCAGAAGAAGAGAGACAAGCUGAAUGGGAACCUAAAGCUAGAAGAAUGAUACAAUUAUGUCUCACUGAUGGAGUGCAAGAUAUUGUUGCAAUAGAGUAUAAACCACUUAAACAAAUGACUAAUAUGUUGCUUCCUGGAUACAAAGUGAUGAUAACUGGUCCAGUCGAUUGUAGACGUGGAAUUCUUCUCUUGGAAGAUGGAAAAUACAAGGAAAUUGGUGGGGAAGUAGAAUGUCUAUUGCAGUCCAAUGCGUUGGAAAAUGUUUUGGCUAGAGCUCUUGGAGAACCAGAAAAUCCUGACCCAUAUAAUGAUAAUGGGCUUUCCAGAGCUGUGAACCAGAAUGUUCAAAACGCCAAUAUUAAUAGCAAUGAUAGUUUAUUAUUUGAUGAUGACUUUGAAGAGAUUGUCGACUUGGAAGCAGUAACAGCAAUUGAACAGCGAAAUCAAGAAACUGAAACCAUUCAAAAUAAUAUCGGAAAUAUGUAUAAUCAAAAACAAAACAGAGAAAUGAAUGAAACUACGGAAAACUUUUUAGAAGACAUAGAUUUUGAACCCUUAGAGAAUUGGCCCAAUGAUUCCCCCAUUAGAUCUGUACAGCCUGCGGCGCGAGUAGAAAUUGAAAAAUUCGAUGAGGAAGAUGACAUAAUGAUAAUCGAAGCAUCAACCUCAGCACACAAUUCUCGCAGCAAGGAGCUACCUUCUACAAGUUCUUUUAGAAAUAAAUAUGCUUCAGAAUUUCCCGACGAUGAUUUCGACUUCGAUGAUUGCGAGAUAAUUCGCAUAGAAAAAUCACGGAGUCAACAAGAUGAAAAUCUCUCAAAAACCGAAGAGUAUUCCUUGCCAUUAAUACCUAAAUCGAAAUUGACAACUCAUGAUACCGUAAAGAAAGUUAAAACAAAUAUUUCUACUGCAGCCCUGACAAAUCAAAGUGAAAAAUCUGUGGCGAGCGUUUCCAACACAGUCCAACAAACUGCGAACAAAGAAACAAUCAAUGUUCUGAGCGAUAUAUUAUCCGAGCCUAUCGUAGGAAGAGCCCGAAGAAUAGUGAGAGCUAAAGUGAAGAAUCAUUCGGCGUUAGAAAAACAGGGCAAACAUUGGGCAGUAACUGCACUGAUUGCGGAUCAUACUUCCAGCAUAAGAGUUUGCUUCGAUUCUGAAAUCCUGGAGAAAUAUAUCGGAUUCUCUGUGCAGGAAUUUUCGCAAAAGAAGAGGCUUGCUAAGUUAGAUUCUCAAGUGAAUAACGAAUUAAGAUUGAAUUUGCGCAAAGCGCAACAUCAAAUUGAAAAUCUAGAUGCAUUAUUAGAACUGGAAUUGACUAAGGAUAAAAUUCCCAAAAUCAUUAAUAUUAUGUAAUUACCUUGGAACAAAUGUAAAACCUUAUGAAGAUGUCAGAAUGAUUAGCAUGAAUUACCAGAGAAGUUUGAUAGGCUGCAAACUUCAAAAAAGAUUCACUAUUUUGUGUAAGUACAGAAUAGUAUAACUAUACUACUUUUAAGUUACUGUAACAAAAGUAUUGUACAUAUUUUAUAAAUUUAAAAUAUAGAAUCUUUUUGUACUAUUUAUAAUAAAUGCCAUUUUUAUAAUAAACAAAACAAUUUAAUUGGCAAAGCACAUAUGUGAACAUUUUCUCCUAAUGUUACAAAUUCAAACAUUUUCUAAACAAAUUCAACUUUCAACUUGAAAAUGUAUUGAAAUUAUGUUCUCUCUAUUAUUGCUUUAUUUAACUUCAAGAUUCGAUAAAAUUGUUCUAGCAGAAAACGAUAUAUCAACAAAAAAAUUGAUUUCAGAUGUUUAUAAUAUUCAUUGUCGAACCAUGUAAAAUGAAAUUCUUAAAUAAAAUUAUUGUAACAAAGCACAAAAAGAUUAUAUAGUUCCAUUUCGAAUUUCAUAAAAUUCAUUUUAUUUAACAUUUGAGAAAGUAUGUGUGUAUAUGUAGUUAAAAAUUACUAUUUAAAAAUUUAAUUAAAAAAAAUAAUACAGCAAAAGUUAUAAAAUUUUAUAUACCUUAUAAAAGAAUGUAAUAUCACUCACAUAUAUAGAUAAAAAGAGAACCAAUUUCAAUUAACGAAUUUCAUGAUCAUAGCAUUUAUUAACUGGUACAGUUGAUCAUUGCGCAGUGAUACAUUUUCAUUGUUUUCUUUCAUUCACUAUUAUCUCACUCACUCUCACUUUUACUCACUCAUUCGUUCGCAUUUAUUCUAUUUUCUUUUCUUUUCCUCUCACUCAUUUAUUCAACCUAAUAACAAGUGCACAGUUUCAAUUAAUAUUGUUUUUUUUUAUUAUUAUUACAAUAGUUUUACGCUUAUUGCACGCUUUUUCGUGAUAACAAAACUCAUUCCACUUUCUUUGUCUCUCUCUCUCUCUCUCUCUCUCUCUCUCUCUCUCUUCCCCCUUUUCUCCCUCUUUCUCUUUUUCUCUCUUUCCCCAUUCUUUUUGCUCACAAUCUCUCCAGAUACAAAAUUAAUUGUUGAAACAUGUCGCACUGAUGAUUCUGUCUCUAAGGAGGGUCUGCAAAUAAAUUGUUUAAAUAACAAUAAUUUAAAUAUAAAUAUCAACGCAAUAUGUCACGUGAAUUCCUACAAUAGUCGACAUUGGGUUCAUACAUUCUAUUCUUGAUUCUUUUCUUCUUCUGCUUUGAUGA